UUUAGUACUUAGCCGGUCCUAAUCGGUUAUUAUUUUAUUUUUUCUCUGUUAACACUGAGAGAGCCACAACGUCUCGAGUUCGAACACCAGACGCUGUAAUUCCCAAUUGUUCAUCUCUCAUGUCAACACUCAACAACCUCCUCUGAACCCUAAGUUUUCCCGGGAACUCUAAUCAAGCUCAAUUGCCUCAGUUUCCGUCUCCGAUUGAAGGUUUUUUGCACCGGGAAAUGGCGUCGAAGCCGUUGAACAACAUCUGGAUCCGUCGCCAGCAGUGUCCCUGCGGCGAUUGGAAGUGCUACAUCCGCCUCGACGGAGACGAAUCAACAACAACAACCUACAACAACGCAACCAAAAGCGAGAUCGAACCAUCAACAACACCAUCACCAUCACCAUCAUCAUCAUCACCACUCUUCACGCCUUACGUCGGCCAAAUCUUCAGAACCGACGACGAGGCCUUCGAGUACUACACCGCCUUCGCGAGAAGAAACGGCUUCUCGAUCCGCAAAGCUCGCUCCACGGAGAGCCAGAACCUAGGCGUCUACCGAAGAGACUUCGUCUGCUACCGAUCCGGAUUCAACCAGCCGAGGAAGAAAGCGAACGUCGAGCAUCCGCGCGAACGCAAGUCCGUUCGCUGCGGAUGCGACGCCAAGCUGUACCUAAGCAAAGAGAUCGUCGCUGCUAACGGAGCGACGCAGUGGUACGUCUCGCAGUUUAGUAACGUCCACAACCACGUGCUUCUCGAAGACGAGCACGUGAGGCUCCUCCCUGCGUAUCGCAAGAUCCAGCAGUGCGAUCAGGAGAGGAUUCUAUUACUGUCGAAAGCCGGUUUCCCCGUGAACCGGAUCGUUAAGCUGCUGGAGCUCGAGAGAGGAGGAGGCGGGGUGGAGCUGCCGUUUAUAGAGAAGGACGUUAGGAACUUCGUUAGGGCGUGUAAGAAGAGCGUUCAGGAGAGCGACGCUCUGCUCAACGAGAGGCGGGAGAGUGAUUUGAUGGAGCUUCUGGAGUCGUGCAAGGUGUUUGUUGGUGAGAGGGGGGAUGUGGGUUUUGUUUACGAGUUUACUUCGGAUGAGAGUGGGAGAGUGGAGAGCUUGGCGUGGGCUUAUGGGGAGUGUGUUCAGGGGUACUCUGUGUUUGGCGACGUGGUGGUUUUCGAUACGAGUUAUAGGUCGGUUACUUACGGUUUGAUACUUGGGGUGUUCUUUGGGAUGGAUGGUAAUGGGAAUGCGGUUCUUUUGGGGUGUGUUUUGCUGCAGGAUGAGAGUUGCCGCUCGUUUGCGUGGGCUUUACAGACUUUUGUUCGGUUUAUGAGGGGUGGACAUCCUCAGACAAUAGUGACGGAUAUAGAUAGAGGACUUAAAGAUGCCGUUGAGAGGGAGCUGCCAAACACCAACCAUGUGGUGUUUAUGUGGCACGUUGUCUCCAAACUAGGAAGCUGGUUUUCUCAGACUCUUGGGUCGCACUAUGAUGAGUUUAGAGCUGGUUUCGAGAUGCUGUGCCGUGCAGGGAGUGUUGAGGAAUUUGAACAGCAGUGGGAUCUUCUCAUCUCUCGUUUUGGUCUUGUUCCAGAUAGGCAUGCGGCUUUGCUUUACUCGUGCAGAGCAACCUGGUCACCUUGUUACAUCAGACAGCAUUUUUUAGCUCAGACUAUGACCCCUGAGUUCAGUCUAUCUAUAGAUUCUUUCUUGAAAAGAAUUGUCGCAGGACCAUCAUGCAUGCAAGCAUUACUUGAAGAGGUCAGUGUUGCUGCAAGUCUAUCCAAGCAAAUCACGCCGCGAGUUCCUUAUCCGAGCAUGAAGACUUGUAUGCCUAUGGAAGAUCACGCGAGGGCUGUUCUGACGCCUUACGCCUUCAGCGUAUUACAAAACGAGAUGGUUCUGUCUCUUCAGUAUGCGGUAGCCGAGAUGGCCAACGGUCCACACAUCGUGCAUCACUUCAAGAAAAUGGAAAGGGAAUGCUGCGUGUUCUGGAACCCGGAGAACGAGGAGAUCCACUGUUCGUGCAAGGAGUUUGAGCAUUCGGGAAUCCUGUGCAGGCAUUCUCUUCGUGUGCUGGCCGUGAAGAACUGCUUCCACAUACCCGAACAGUACUUUCUGGUUCGGUGGAGACAGGAGAGCUCCCUUGUUAGUGAAGAGAAUCAAAACGGUAUGGGCAUUGGCGAUGAUGACUGUGUUCAAACGUUUCAGUCGCUCACUGAAACUCUACUAACGGAGUCAAUGGUCUCGAAGGAUCGGCUUGAUUACACUAACCAAGAACUUUCUGCACUUAUCGAUCGUGUAAGAAAUGUUGCACCUGCUAAUACUUGUAUCAGCCAUGACUGCUGAUCGCUAAGCAAGUGAGCAGGAUAAGUUGGCAGCGUUUGCUCUUUCCCAGUUACAUAGACUGCAGCGGUUCUAUUUCGUGCGUAAAAGCUUAUAGUGGAUGCAUUUCUUUCCUAACGUUAGUCAAUUAGUUUAGAUAUUGUCAAUCAUGCUACAACGAUAGAGAAGAACACCAAGGAAGAGUUUUUGUCUUCUGCUCAAUCACUGAUGUUGUAUAUAUUUGAUUUGUAAACUGCGCUUUUACCCGGAAGAUAUGGUAGUAGAUUUGCAAUGAAUCUGCAAACCCAUGGUUUUUA